AUGGAUUUCGCCGCGUUAAUGAAAGGGGAAAUCGACCGAAAGCGAAAAAAAGUCGAAACAGAAUUGAAAAUUGACCCAAAGAAAAAAUUCUUCAAACGAGGAGACCUUGCAAGAAUAGAACAGGAAAAAUAUCAGCAACGAAUGGGAAUUGCUAAAGCUCCUGCUCCUCGAGACAGGAUUCAGGAACUAGAAGAUAAAACACAGGCGAUGCUCGAUCGUCUCGGUCCAGAUCAAGCGAAAAUGAUGCCACGAGAAACUGUCAUUCAGAAACUACGGGCGCGAAAUGAGCCCAUCCGUCUCUUUGGAGAAAACGACCAGGAUACCUUCUUUCGUCUACGCAAAAUCGAACUUGGAAAAGACGAAAACUACAAGAUCCUCGGGUGGACAAACGAAAUUAAAAGUGCAAUGGAUCAGCUUGAUGAUGAGGAUCUCACGGAGGUCACAAAAGAUAUCGCUGCCGGAAAAGAGAAGGCAGAGAAGAAGUACAACAUAGUCUUUAAAAAUGAACAUCCAGAAGUUGACAACGACUGGCUAGUAGCGAACAAGGGCAUUUUGAAAGAAGUCUCGUAUAAUGCAAGAAGUGGCAUGAUCAUCAAAGCAUUUAAAUUCUGGCAAAGAUGCUGGGCGGAGGAACUCAACUCCAGAUCCCAAGAAGAAAAAUCCUCCCAUCACGGCAGAGCCCUGUCGGCUGUUUGGAAACAAACGGACUCGUACAUUCAGCCACUCUUCGAUCGCAUCAAAAGAAACGUCUGCCCCGAAGACAUCAUGAAGCAUUUAUCGUUGAUUGUCGAGUACUGCAUCGACAGAAAUUAUAUAAAGGCAUCCGAUGUUUACUUGAAAAUGGCGAUCGGAAACGCGCCUUGGCCGAUUGGUGUUGAUCACGUCGGUAUCCACAUGCGUCCCAGUAGAGAAACUAUCUCAAUGAAAUACGUGGCCCAUGUGCUCAACGACGAAACGCAAAGGAAGUUUAUCCAAGGUCUUAAACGGUUGAUGACGGCGGCACAGAGACAUUUCCCAGCGAAGCCAUCCCAAUGCGUCGAGUAUGGUGCAGGCGUCUCCCAUAAUCGAAAGUCGCAGCAUCGACUGUCCUCCGCGGACAUGAUCGGAGGCUUGUUUAUUUACAACCAUAAGGGAGAAGUCCUCAUUUCUCGCAUUUACAGAGACAAUAUCACCAGACAAGCUACCGAUGCUUUCCGCGUUAAUGUCAUACACGCCAGAGGAACGGUUCGCUCACCCGUGACAUCUAUCGCCAGAACAAACUUUUUUCAUGUCAAGCGCGGAAAUGUUUGGAUUUGCGCAGUUACAAAGGACAACGUCAAUGCUGCGACUGUGUUUGAAUUCCUAAACAGAAUCGUGAAUGUGAUGCAGAGCUACUUCUCGAAAAUCUCUGAAGAAAAUAUCAAAAAUAACUUUGUUUUGAUUUACGAGCUGCUUGAUGAAAUUCUCGAUUUCGGAUAUCCUCAGAACACGGAGGUCGGUGCGCUGAAGACAUUCAUCACGCAACAAGGAAUAAAAACGCAGUCCAAAGAGGAGCAAGCACAAAUCACCUCGCAAGUCACUGGCCAAAUUGGAUGGCGAAGAGAAGGCAUUAAAUAUAGAAGAAACGAGUUAUUCCUCGAUGUUCUCGAAUCUGUUAACCUGCUUAUGUCUCCCCAGGGACAAGUGCUCUCAUCGCACGUGUCUGGCAAAGUUAAGAUGAAGUCCUAUCUAAGUGGUAUGCCAGAGUGCAAGUUUGGAAUGAACGACAAGCUCACUCUCGACAAAAGCGCGGUCAACCGCGCUGAUGGCGAGUCCAAAAGUGGGAAGCCAUCCAUUGCUAUUGACGACUGUACAUUCCAUCAGUGUGUGCGCUUGUCUAAAUUCGAAGCAGACCGUGCGAUUUCAUUCAUUCCUCCAGACGGCGAGUACGAACUAAUGCGAUAUAGAACAACAAAGGAAAUCAAUUUGCCUUUCCGUGUCAUUCCUCUAGUGAAAGAGAACAGCAAACAGAAGCUUGAGCUCAAGAUCGUCCUCAAAAGCAAUUUCAAGCCCUCGCUUUUGGGACAAAAAAUAGAAGUCAGAAUCCCCACGCCAAAGAAUACAGCGUCCGUUCAGCUUCUCUGCGCUAAGGGCAAAGCUAAGUACAAAAGCUCAGACAACGCGAUCGUCUGGAAGUUGAAGCGACUAGGAGGAAUGAAAGAAUCAACCAUUACCGCCGAGGUUGAGCUGCUCCCUACCUCUGACAAGAAAAAGUGGUCUCGACCACCAAUCUCGAUGAACUUUGAAGUUCCAUUCGCUCCCUCGGGACUUAAAGUUCGAUAUCUUAAAGUUUUCGAGUCCAAACUGAACUACAGUGACCACGAUGUUAUCAAGUGGGUUCGAUACAUCGGCCGAUCAGGACUUUACGAAACACGCUGUUAA